AUGAGACAGCAGCCAAAACCCUUUGGCGUAUUAUUUUGGACCACUGAAUGUAAAGGGUGUAUUCGAAUUAAUUGCGCUUGUCUUAAAAAUGGUAAAAAUCACGACUUAUUAAUCUGUUUUAAUGACAAGAUCUUCAUCCAAAUCCAUUUUAUCAUCAAGUUUGCUACCACUUCUGAUAAACUUUAUCCUCCUGUUGAUCGGCUGGUGCAUUCUAAACGGCGUGGUUUUAGGGCAACGAAUGUAGCAUUAUCUCUUCCUUACUUCAUCAACACACCUUCUUCAUGCCACUGUGACUUCUUAAAGCUUCAAGAAAAGUGGAUUACAUGGCUUUCGGAAUCCGAUAGAUCCAAUCGUCUCAGUACUCAGAGGAUGUCUGAUUUGUUUGCAGCGGUGGAUUACUUCGUUCUGAACUUCUUACACUGUGGUGCGUUUUUAGUGAUGAACUACAGACCUGUAUUGAAUAGUGAUAGAACUUCAAUCCCUGAUUUAUUCUUAUGUGGCUUCUAA